AUGGCAUCUACAAUCCCCAACGAACCCCCGCCCUCAUACGAGGCAACCUCUUCAACCCCUCAAGAUCCCUCCCGCCUCCGCGUCCCACACAAGACACGCAGCGGCAUCCCCCCCGAACACCGUCGCAGCAUGGAAGAUGAAUCACGACCCCUUCCAACAGGCUGGCUCCGACAAUACGACCCAGAAACGCACCACCAAUUCUUCGUCGACCAGCACGCCUCCCCUCCCCGCUCAAUCUGGCACCACCCCUACGACGACGAGGAAUACCUAUCCGCGCUCGACCCCUCGGAGCGCGACAGAAUCGCCUCUCUGCACCCGGUUCCCAACCACGCCGACAUGGUCGCCGAGAGCAGCGACGACGACACGCAGUUCCGCCACGACGCACCGCUGCCGCCGCGCGAAGAGGCCCCGACGGGCGCAAAGAAACUAGGACGGAAGAUGAAGGACAAACUCACAUCCUCGACGCACGAGCAGCGACAGCAAGAGCGUGCGCAGCGCGACGAGGCCGAGGCGAAGGCUUACGCGCAACAUCGUGCCUUCCGGGCUGCCAUGGCCAAGGCGGCGGAGACGGGCGAGCCGCAGCUGCUGGGCAAGGAUAAGGAUGGGAAGGAUGUGUUUGUGGAACCGCCGGGGCCGGGGCCGUAUGGUUAUGGUGGAGGCGGGUAUGGGUACAAUCCUUAUGCGCGGGGGAUGUAUGGCAGGCCGAAUGCGGGGUACAUGAGGCCGGGGUAUGGAUAUGGGAGGCCGUAUGGCGGUGGGUAUGGAGGGGGGAUGGGGAUGCCGUUGAUGGGGUUGGGCGGGAUAGGUGGUGGGAUGAUGAUGGGUAGUUUGUUGUUCUAG